AUGGAUUUAAAUAGUAAUGCCUACUUUAAGCUUUCUUCAUCUGAUCAUAGUGAAUUAUAUGAAAGAAUACAAAAUGCAUUAUCCCUUUUAGAAGAGAAACAUGAUCAUGAAACACCAGAAAUGUGGUGCUCUCGUAUUCGUGAUCCAUUUAGGAAAAUACUUGAAGAGAACCCAGGAAUCUUUUCUAAAAAUGGAUAUACA